AAAAAUAAAUCAUAUUAAAAUUUGCAAAAAAGCAGCGUAAGGGUUGUUACUUCAGUUUGUCUCCGAUUCCUCUGAGUCGACUCACCGCCAUGGAUAAACAACCUUCCAACAUCGACCCUUUCCUCCUCGAUUAUCAACCUUCCGAACUCCGAAUCGCCUCCGAGUUUUUCUCCACAUGGCUUCCUUUUCUCUCCAAAGAUCUCUGCCGCCGCUGUUCUCAAUCACUCUCCGAUCGCAUCCGUUCCAUCGACCCUGAGUCUGAAAACCGGAACAAGAAUUCUGAAGAGGUUACUGGAGAAGAUAAUUGUGAUUGCCAUUCUCUUGGGAGCUGGAAUGAUGGUGUACAGGGGAAUUUGGCUUCGGAAGUUCCGAGUCCGCGGAUGUCUUGGGCUGAUAUGGCUGAUGAAUUGGGUGAAGAUGAGAUUGAUCGGAACGACGGCGAAACCGUUGGUGGUGGUGUUGUUUUGGGAGAGAAUUCGGGUGAAAAUAGAGUUGUUGCUGAUAAGGCUGUUUUGCCUAGGGAACAAAGAGAGUAUAUUAGGUUUAUGAAUGUGAGGCGGGAGAAAGAUUUUGUUUGUAUGGAAAAGAUUAAUGGAAAACUAGUGAACAUUGUUGAUGGUCUUGAGUUGCAUACUGGUAUUUUUAGUGCUGCUGAACAGAAGAGGAUUGUUGGAUAUGUUGCUUCUUUACAAGAGAUGGGAAGAAAGGGAGAGCUGAAAGAUCGGACAUAUUCAGCUCCUAGAAAGUGGAUGAAGGGCAAGGGACGCCAAACUAUCCAAUUUGGGUGCUGUUACAAUUAUGCAGUGGAUAAGUAUGGUAACCCACCUGGUAUUCUUCACCAUGCAUCUAUAGAUCCUUUACCCGAUCUUUUCAAGGUCAUCAUUCGACGCCUGGUCAAGUGGCAUGUACUCCCUACUACUUGUGUGCCAGAUAGUUGUAUAGUGAAUGUCUAUGAAGAAGGGGACUGCAUACCUCCACACAUAGAUAACCACGAUUUUGUUCGACCAUUUUGCACUGUCUCAUUUCUCAGCGAGUGCAAAAUACUUUUUGGAUCAAACCUUAGGAUUGUAGGUCCUGGUGAAUUUGAUGGUUUGUAUGCUAUUUCUCUACCAGUAGGAUCUGUACUUGUCUUAAAUGGAAAUGGAGCUGAUGUAGCUAAGCAUUGUGUACCCGCAGUUCCUUCAAAAAGGAUAUCAAUCACAUUUAGAAGAAUGGAUGAGUCCAAGCGACCUUCCGGACACGUCCCAGAACCUGAUCUUCAGGGGAUCCAACCAUUGGCCUAUGAGGCUGUGCAGGAACAAAGUAACAAAUCAAGUGGUGGUCACAACAGAUCUAAUAAUCAUCAAAUGAAUAGAAAUAAUGACAGAAGAGGUGGCAGAAUUGAUGGAAUGGGAUCUGCACCUAGAAGCGAUAGAUUCUCAGAGCCUCGCGAGUGGACUCAAAAUUCACCAAGACCUGCACCAACUAGAAACAAUAGAUAUUCAGAGCCUCGCGAGUGGAGUCAAAAUUCACAAAGAUCUGCAACUAGAAACGAUAGAUACUCAGAGCCUUCAGAGCCUCGUGAGUGGAGUCAAAAUUCACAAAGAUCUGCAACUAGAAAUGAUAGAUACUCAGAGCCUCGCCAGUCACCUCAAAGUUCACAAAGAUCUGCAAAUAGGUGGAGUAGGGUAAAGCCGACUAGUUAACAAGGUGGCAAGUUAUUAGUAUCUAAGAUUUGUACCAGGUUCACAGUUAAGUUAAUUCUCCGAUCUUUAUGCCCGUCACUUGGCAAAUAGAUUUGUCAUGGGAGGUUUCUGAACUUUGGUUUUCCGAGAAUGUUUUACUCUGCAGCAAUUUUUGUCAUAUCAGUGUAUGGUUACAAUUUUGCUUUGGCACGUUUAAUUACUUAGCCGGACGCGCUGGUGUAUAUUAUUAAUUUGAGAGAACUUACAACUCAAUAAUGGUUGCAAUUUGGUGAGAA